GCAUACCCGUUUACGGGUAUUACCUGUUACUAUCUGUUAUUUGCUACUCUUCGCUUUUCGUGGUUCACAUGUCGGAGCACCGUGAAGGUGAAGGUGCACUUGGCGGAGGAGGCGACCAUGGCGAUCGGCGUGCCUAUAGGCAACCGACUUGCUUCUCUUGCCAUGAGGUUGGGCACUAUGCCAACCAGUGCCCAAACCAAGAACGAAGACAGCAGUACUUAUCGAGACCAUCUACGUCAAGUGAUUCGCGACGCUCAAGGUCGCCGAGAGGUUACGAGAGACGAUGUCGUUACUCACCACCAGGGGAUUCUGGGGUGCAUUCGAAGAUUGCUAAACUGAGUAAGAACAUAGCUUCCAUGAAGGAGCAGCAUGACGUGGAGGCAAGGAGGAAAGAAGGGCGGGCUCGUAGGAAGUGGGAGAAAGCCGAAGCUGCGAGACUUGAGGCAGAAGAGAAGGAGCAACGCGAGACGUGGGAAGCUGAGGAGACAGAGAAUAGAGCGAAAAGCUUUGAAGAAGAAAGAGAAGCAACGGAUGGAAGCGGAACGAAGAGCGGAGAUGCGGAAGGAUUUGGGAAUCCAAAUGAGGAUGGAGAUCCAGGGGAUACGUCAAGAGAUGCGACAUGAGUUGAGAGAUGAGCUGAUUGAAACCUUUAAGGAAGCGGUAUUACCAGCUAUGCAACCAAGAUUGGACAAGGGCAAGAUGAAGACGUUAUCAAAGAGCGGCUCAGAGCAUAGCGAGGAGGAAAGUGAUACCAAUGUGACUCAGGAAAUCAAGGAGAAAGCUGGUAAGCUCUGCAUCGUGGAGAAAAGAAAGAGGGGGGUGGAGCCUGUUUUGAAUGUGUUUUCGAAUAUAGCCCUCCUAUGGAGCUGCCACCAAAAAGGAUGCCGACGAGGGUGAUCAUGAAACCUGUCAAAUUGUGCGCUCGAUUCACAAGAUCGA